AUGAAUAUCGUGGUAUCGUUUGCUGCAGCCAUGAUCAGCUUCAUCAACCCUCUCCACAGCAGAGACCACCACCAGGUUGCUCCUUCCACUCCCUCUCCUUCCUCUACCUCGCCUCCAAAAUCAUCUCCACAUUCACAUUCCCUCUCGCGCCAGCAGCAGCAGCAACAACAACAUCACCAGUUCUAUCAAACCAAGGAUCAGCUCCACCCCGACCAAAAGGACAACAAGCCAAGGUACUACUCCAUCUUCAGCGAACUCACUACCCAGGUCGACCAGCGUGAGCGCGCCCUCCAGCAAUUUCCUUGCGAAGAACGCCAUUCGUACAACCCCCACUACCAACACAACCUCGUCUCCUCCCCAUCCUCCCCUUCACUCUGCCCCUCCUCUGCCGGAUCCUCGCCAUCCUCUGCCUACUCCAACAGUUCCAGCUCGUCUCUCUCAAGAGCAACCGGUGCCCGCGUCUUGACCCAUGAGCUGUCCAACAAGCAACAUCAGGAUCACCACUACUACCGCCAUUACAACCGUCGCCAGAACCAGCGCCAUUACGCCUAUCAGCAGCAGAACGAGCACUACUAUGACGACUGGAUGUUUGGAAUCUCUGAGGAUGAUAGCUACAAUGGUGGUGCCUCCAUGACUUGCGCCCAGCCUCAAGAUCCUCUUGUCAUUGCCGCCUCAUCCUCAUCCAAGACCCCCUCUCUGAACGGAUCCUUACGGUCGUCCAUUUCCCGCAAGGAGCGCCUCCAGGUCUCCGAUGGUUCUCUAUCGGUCGCCACUCAGAUCUCGGCCAAGAACCGCCGACCCACAGUCACGUUCUCGCCCGUGGUCCUCCACCACCCUGCUCCGGGUCAGGAGUUUACCGCGUUGCUGUCGUCGUCCUUCGCCUCCCCUUCCCAGACAUCAUCUGCUCCUGCCAAGCUUUUGCCCAGCAUUGCAGAGUCCUCGAUGGGUCUGGACAGUAGCAUGGCGAUGACUACUGCGAAAGCCGAAUCGACCAAGGCCGUCCAAAAUCUGCAACAACAACAGCCAGCCAGUACCGGUCGCAUGACUGCCAAGCAGUCCUUGAUGCGCAUUGCCCAACUUUCCAAAGAUCAAGAUGGUUGGUGCUCCCACAAGGCAGGCCAAUAUACCCAAGGCUAUGCCGAGGCCCGAUCCCGCGGGAUGAAGCUUGACGGUCGCCGUGCACGUCGUCUCUAA